AUGUCUUACGUUCUCGGCCGGGCAAUGUUCAGCUGCAGGCACAUUGAGGAUACCACUGCUCCAUCAGUCAAGCAUCUGCAAGAUCGUUUUCGGUGCGACUUCGCCUUUGCGGAUAAACAGCUGUACGUGGGUAAAGUUCCUAGGGUUUGUAGUACUUGCAUGCCUAUGGCGGCAGCUUUGGCACAAGCAGCUCACCAUCCAGUCAAGCCUGUGACCGAUUCUCUUGAACCCGAGUUGAACUUGGCAGAGACUUGGAGGCUGAAAUGGCACGCUGGUGCGCAAAAAGAAGUGCAAAGAGCUGAUGAAAGCCUAGAAGGUGAGUACGCGCUGCUAUUGAGCUUGCUCGCGCAGCAUUACCCCGACUUGACGGGAAUCGACGAUGUGGUUAUACGGAGGGUCAACAGCGCUCUGAAGAUCGAAGGCUACACUGUCGGCCAGCUCAAGGAGCAUGAUCGCAUGAGCGAUGAGGAGCGCGACAAUGCUAUGACGACGGUUGCGCAGCAUCUCAAUAUGUGCCACAAAAUGAAGCCAACAAAGAACAUUGUGGUGCCUGACGCCACUGGAAUCGGUAGAAACUCGCUUGAGAUAAAAGGAGCCAUGAUCAAGGACCUGCGCCACCAAAUACGCGCUGUCCCCAAAGCAGUCUACUGUCACUCGGGCCGGACCGUGCCUGACUCAAUACGUUUGAAAAAGGGUAGCAAACCUUCUCUUUAG